AGUUCUGGUGGCGUUAUCUACUUUACUCAUGGGCCUCCUUCGAAGCGAGACCAUGAAGCAUGGGACCCUGGUCCUCCCUGUCGAUCGGGCCCGGGAGUUCGUAGACGUCAUCGGCUACUCUACACGAAUAGAAUUUGAGGACAUGAAUAGUGCUAGUAUGCAUAGGAAUUACCGGAAGUAUAUACAAAGGAUUGAGGAGCUCGAGAGGAUAAUACGGUUCCUAGAGGUGGAGAUCCACGAGGCAUCGCCUCAUAGUAGAAUACGGAAAGGUCAUAUAGAAUCAUUCGUGAUGGACACUGCUGAGAACUAUCGAUUGGAUACACUGGAGGCUGACCUCAAAAGAAUAUACCAGCGAUUUGUGAAGUUUCAGGAGAACAACGCGGAGCUCAUAUCGUCGAGGAACGCCGCUUUGGAGGAAAAAUACGUUUGUUUCGCCGCGAGCAACUUUCGAGGAUACCUUGGGAACUCUGAUGAAAGUUUUCUAUCGAGUGCUGUGCUCAAUCCUCAGCAGGCAUCUCUCAUUGAGGAGGGGGAGGCUCUCACAGGAGCUUAUCGCGGUCGCUCAGAGCGGUCCACGGCCGGGGUCAGCUGCAUUGCUGGGGUAGUUCUACAGUCGGAUCAGACGAGGUUCGCGAGAGUUUUAUUCCGAGCCACAUUUGGCAACACAUUCACAGAUUUCGUCCAAAUUCCGGAAGCACUUCGGGAUGCGAAAACUGGCGAAAAUGAAUAUUACAGCGUUUUCAUGGUCUACUUUCAGGGUUACUCUCCAACCACUGGAAGUAUGGCUCAAAAAAUACGUAGGAUAUGCACAGCCUUCGGUGCUCAUAUGUACCCCUGGCCACACAGCGAGUCGGAGGCCUCUGCCCGAAUGGGGGAUUUGGAUGAGCUUCUAGUUGACAAGCUGCAGGCGUUGGAUGCCUAUAGGAGGUUUAUAGAGGAGGAAAUCGAACAUUUGGUAGAACCAGUUGGGAUCGGGGGAAAUUCUCUCAUUGAGGAUUGGGCUCUCUUUCUGGCCAAAGAAAAAGGCAUAUAUACUUUGUUGAAUAUGUUCGAGGGUGACGUAACGCUGAGAUGCGACUGUUGGUACCCAGCAGAGGAGGAGGAUGAUAUUCGUCAUACACUGGUUCGAAUGAGCUCUACUAAUAUGGUAGGAAUAGAAAUGAUGGAGGAGCAAGUCGCUCAUCGCGGUAGGAGUCCGCCGACCUACAUGAAGACCAAUGAGGUCACUCAAAUAGCGCAGGAUCUGGUGGAUACGUACGGCAUUCCGCGGUAUAAAGAGGCUAAUCCGGCGCUGUUCACCGUCGUUACCUUUCCCUUCCUAUUUGGUGUCAUGUUCGGGGACGUUGGCCAUGGUGCUAUGCUCUUCCUACUAGGGACUUGGGCUAUAAUUCAAGGACCGCAGUUGGACCGUUCCUUAGCUGUGUUACGCAAGAUGCGUUUCAUGGUCACGGCUAUGGGCUUUUUCGCCAUAUUCGCAGGUCUCAUGUAUAACGAUUUCUUUGCGGUGGGGCUCAACCUCUUCGGUAGUCGCUGGGAUUGUUCUGGUAUCACCUGCCGUCCAUUAUAUGAUACCACCAAUACCGGAAAUCAACAGGGUAGUAGUAGUAGUAGUAGUAGUAGUAGUAGUAGUAGUAGUAGUAGUUCCUAUCCAUACGCUGGGCCGUAUCCCUUUGGGUUGGACCCUGUGUGGCAUGGUGCUACCAAUGAGCUCGUGUAUGUGAAUUCGAUGAAGAUGAAGAUCUCAGUGCUUUUCGGCGUUGUCCAAAUGCUACUGGGCAUUUUUCUCAAGUUCUCUAAUGCGGUAUACGACCGUAGUGCUGUGGACUUCUUUUUCGAGUGCAUACCGCAGUUGGUAUUCCUCGUCAGCAUUUUCGGCUAUAUGGACUGGAUGAUUUUGUAUAAGUGGACCCGUGAUAUCUCUUUCAACCCAGCACCGGGCCUCAUCAACACCCUCAUAGCGAUGUCACUGGGUCAGGGUGUUAAGCCAGGCCAAGUUCUCUAUCCUGACCAAGGUUGGGUCCAGUCGUUGCUCAUAUUCCUAGCGGUAAUCAGCGUCCCUCUAAUGCUGGUGCCCAAACCAGUUAUACUAUGGUGGAAGCAUAGACAAUCUGACGAACAGUUCAUGCAACGGCAGCGAGCCCAUGCAGUGCGACGUCGUGACGAGGCUGGGCUUGGGCUUAUGGACCAUCAAACAGAUGCUGUGGAAAUGACUGUGGGAGGCUCAUCAUCAUCAUCAUCAUCAUCGACGAUGAAGGCAGAGACUGGCGAGGAUGAGGAGUUCGACUUGGGAGAUGUAGUUAUACAUCAGGUCAUCGAAACCAUCGAGUUUGUCCUUGGUACGGUAUCCCAUACAGCCUCCUAUCUCCGUCUCUGGGCAUUGUCCCUCGCCCAUCAACAGCUCAGUUUGGUCUUCCUAGAGAUGACCGUCUUCCAUGCUAUGGCCAAUGGACCGUAUGUAAUCAAUGCCAUCGGGAUUUACAUAUCUUUCGCGAUAUUCUUCGGUAUAACAUUAGCGGUUCUGAUGGGCAUGGACGUCCUCGAGUGUUUCCUCCACGUUUUGAGGUUGCAUUGGGUGGAGUUCCAGUCGAAAUUCUUCCGUGGUGAUGGUCAUAAAUUUGAGCCCUAUACCCACGAGAAUGUCCUUGAGCAAGCUACCCAGCAUACUUGACAGUCGCCGACGCCAUUUUAUGCAUAAUUGAUAGAGAUAAAUUUGAUAAGGAUCCUUGUGUUGUCUGUGAUGACGAAAAAUACCCUCUCCUUGCGAUUGGCUAUGAUGAUUGAUUGGUAUUAUGAAUUGCUCUUACCGGGGAUCGAUCUCGCCUACUACUAAUGAUUAGAUUAGUUGCUGCUGCUACUACACUUACAUACAUCGUUCCUCUCGAAGGAGGGUGCAA